AAUUAAUAUCAAGUUAUCGUGUGAAAGUUCAUCAUUAUGUCUAUAUUGAUGUUGACGUUUGCUUAUCAGCAUUGUUAUUUCAAUUGCGAUUGAUAUAUAAUAUAAAAAUAAAUUAUCGAAAAUGGCUACCGAUACUCCCGGGGUUAAGCCUAUGUCCAUAGCUGGUCGUUUUGUCAGGGAAAGGGAGCGUCUAUUUGGCAUGACUGACGAAGAUAGAAUGUUGCGAAAACAAUGGUUGAAAGAUCAAGAAUUGGCUCACAAUGAACCCCUUGAAAAUCCAAAAAUGUACAAAUUUCGUCACAAUUUCAUACGAAGAAUCUAUAGAGCCCCAUUGAAUACACUUGGCGCUAUUUUAAAACCAAUUUUAGGAAAAAAAAGGGCUAUGAAGAUCCGAUAUUUCUCUGGAAAAAUAAUUAUUGGAAUUAUUUUAUUGGAAGCAGCAACUUAUUAUUUUAAAUACAACAGUCACUCCUGGAUACGGAAGGGAGGAUGGAGAGUACUUAAAUCUAGAGUGUCAGUAUUACCAGGAGAUCCCUGUUAUCCCGAUGCCAGUUGUAAGGGAUGCUAUGCUGAUUUUGGGUUUUUAAAAAAUACAGUGAAACUGAAAUAAAUUUAUAAAAAACUCAUCAAUCUUAACAACGUUAAUUCUUGUUUUAUGAAUUCAGUACAAUAUUACUAAUACAUUACGUAAUUCUUAAUUGA